AUGAAGUUCACACAACCCAUCUUCCUCGUCACCCUGAGCAUCGCCUCGGCACUCACCCUCUUCGCCGACGCUGCCCCUUCCUCCUCCUCUUCCCUCAACAAACUCUCCCCUCCCACACCUGCACAAGAAGGUGCCCGCCUCGCUGCAGCUUCUAUUUCUACACGGGAAAACCAACAGCAACAACGUCGUCAACUGCAGCAACGUGGAGGGCUCUCAGGCCAUCCUGCUUUCAAGGCUCUUGUCGCCCCUGCUCGCCCCCCCACCGCUACGACCUCUACCUCCAGCAAUAACAACAAGAACGGUUCUUCUGUAAAACGACGCAACGAUAGAGGUGCGGUUUCUGCAGCAAAAAUAGACCACCGGCGGCGGACUAUCUUGUCAAAAGCAAAGACAACAACACAUUCUCAACAACGCCAACAGGAACUCCGUCGACGCAAGAACCACAAGAAUAGCGAUGACCAAAAUAGGGCCUCUGCGGCAGCAGCAACGACAGAGCUCAACAACAAUGAUAAGAGAAAGUCGACGAUGAAAAAAAGGAGGGCUCUUCUUCUUCCCUCAGCUACACCCCCAGCUCCUCCUGGUCUUCGAAAGCGAGCCGCUGCUGCUUCCGCCGAACCUUUUCCCUCUUCUUCAACACCCAAAAAGAACGCUCCCUUCUUACUCCUCCCCGACUCCCGCUCAGUCUGGCAUACAGGAUCCUACCAGAUGGUGCGGUGGAACCGCAAGUAUACUAAGAGCUUGCCCGCGGACACAACAGUCGACAUUGUGUUGAUCGACUCCAAAACCAACCAAAAGGUCGCCUCGUUGAAGCGGUUUGUGCCCUUCAAGAAGGGCGGAUCUCAGGUCUGGGUGCCGACGACUAUUCUUGAGGGAACUUCGUUUGUUCUGGUCCUGGAGCUUUACCGUGGUCGGAGCAAGGAACCCAUCACUAGCACGUCGCCUUCUGUUUCUUCCGCUCCACCACCACCAGCCGCAGCAGGAGCGGAAGCAAGAUCGCCAUAUCGGUACCAUCAGGAUCAGGAAGACAAGCCUUCAAACGCCCUUCCAGGGAGCAGUAAUGGCGGAGGACCUGUAUCCUCUCAGCAACCAGCAGCAACAACAACGGCAGAUGUUCUCGCGAGGAUUGUGCGGAGGUCGGAUAUCAACAUCGCCCCCGCUGCCUCCAAACGAGAUAUCCCCCGCUACCCUCCCGGCUCCUCCUUCUCCAACUCCAACGACAACAUCAACAACGACGCUAACGGUCGCUCAAAUUCUCCCGGCAGCAACAAGGCUUCGACUGGUUCGCACCACGACAUCAACCACGAUGACUUUUAUACAGGCGCCAGUCAGGAACGGUCAAUGGAGUUCCUCCCAGACGAGCUUCGACAAGAGUACCCCAACACGAUCCAACCCCUGACGCUCGAACAUACGUUUGGUCUCCACCAAAAGGUCUAUACCCACACGCCUUACACCCUCGAAUGGAAGAUUCCUGAACGUGUCGCCGAGUUGCUCGAGUACACCCGUCAAGCCCAAGCUUUGUUCAACUCCAUCUCCAAGAGCAAUGCCUAUUCACAGGCGUCUGCAUCGGCGUUGUUCCCGAAAUCGACAUUCAUGGCCAAGGUCCUGGUCGAGAUCAUCAAGGACCAGACCACGGAGUCUGUCUCGGUCCUGGCCAAAGACGUUCCCGCCGAAACCAUGUUCCAAUACCUGAGCAUCCAGGACCGUCUCGCUCCUGCGUUCUAUCGUCUUCGUGUCCAGAUGGUUGUUGUCCAGGUACGGGCCGAUUUCUCUGCCCUUGCCAAUAACAAUGUGCCCUCCACGACCGCACCGAUGACAAAGGGUAGUACUGCGAUGGAAGGGUGGGAGUUCCCUGAGGGUGGAGAGGUCAUUGAUCGGUAUGAGGCCAUCACCCGGCGGUUCUGGGUCUCCCAGGGUGCUCUUUAA